CCUACUUCAUAUAUGUAAUAGAUUGCCGUCAUUGUUCUGUUUGUGCGACUCUUAUUAUUCACUAUAGACUAUAGCCAGACUGUCCAUUGUUCCAAGCAAACGCAAAUGCACACCCAGCAGCAACUUCUUCCUGUUUACUAACCAACAAACAAACGAGCCUACAUAUCAGCUUUCUAAGCAAUCACCCGCACAUUUCGCCCACCAGUUUCCGAAUCAAUAUUUCCUCCGCGAUUCGUUUCCCCUUCUCUGCAAUCUCUGCGAAUGUCAUACCAUAGUCUUUGAUCGCCUUUCUUCACCGCAUCAUGGCAGCCCUCCACGAAGCCCUCAAGACCCUGGGUCCCCUCGAAUACUCCUCCGCGCCCAAAGAAAACCUCCAACCCUUCCUCACUGAAGCUUUCUCCGCAGGUCAAUUAAUAGUCGACUCUGUCCCCAUCCCCGCGCCUACCGACUCGUCACCUCUCCGCUCGCGUGCCUCCUCUGCAUCUUCGGCCUCGGAAAUCCUGCCCUCACAAGCGCGUUCUGCACCGCCGCCUCCAAAUGUUGAGGCGCUGCAGAAGGAGUGGAAAUCCGUCAAGGUAGCGGCAAAUGUGAAUCCGCUGGGGAUGAGUGUUUAUAAGUGUGGUGGGAAAGAUGGGAAGGGAGCGUGGUUUGCGAGGAGGAGUGUGCAUGAGGGGUUGGGCUUUUCGAAGUGGAAGAGAGCACUUGAGAGGGAGUUUCCGGAGACGAUGAAGGUACAGGGUGGUCCGGGAGAGGGUAAUAUUAGAGGCAUUGGGGGAGAGAGGAGGGUAGAGUUUGAGAAUGUUGAGGGAGUUGGAAAGGUGGAAGGUUACUUGAUCGGAGCUUUGGAUAUGGAGAUAUGCUGACUAUGAACAGUAUAUUUACUAUCUGCUCAAUUCCCUGGACCAACCACACCGAGAGAUUUCGUUACGAUGUUCCUCACUUCCGAUCAAGCUUUACAAAAGGAUGAGAAUGGUGAAUGUCCGAGACAUUUUAUGGUCAUUUCAAGGCCGUGUAUACAUCCCGAUACACCUGCUCGAGAUGGCUUUAUACGGGGUCAAUAUGAAUCAGUGGAGUUUAUCCGGGAAAUCCCAAUUAUCAAGAAGAAAUCGUCAUCUACUACUAAUUUUUUGAACUCUGGACUUUCUAAUGCAAGGAAACGAUCCUCUUCUUUGUUGAGUAGGGAAGCUAUUGUUCAAAACGCAUCACAGAAUUUUGGGGGAGGUGAGAAUGAGACGGGGCCACAGGAUGAUGCUGCUCACGGCGAUUCUGGACGAGCUCGUGGACAUACUAUUUCCUUUGACCAUUCGAGGGGUGCUACGGCGAAGGGAGAGCGCAUGGAUGUUCCUCCUGAAGAGGAUAUCGAGAGCAACCCAAUUGAAUGGAUCAUGAUUACAAGGAGUGACCCUGGAGGAAGCGUACCACGAUUCAUGAUUGAAAGAGGAACACCAGGAGGAAUCGUGUCAGAUGCCAGUAAAUUUCUCGACUGGGCAUGUUCCAAAGACAUCGACGAUUUACAAAGCGAUGAAGAGAUGGAAUCAGAAACUGAUAAAGCAGAAAAGAAAGAGUACAAGCAGCGACAGCAUGAUCAUGAACGGGAUUUGCAUAACUACCAAACGAACGGCCAUCUUGCUGGUAUCGAAGAAUCGUCCUCUCCACAGUCUGAAUACUUGCCCGCUCUCCCACCUCGGCCUGUAGCUGUUCAAAAUGGCCCUUUUGAGGAAAAGGACGCUGAAGUUGCCUAUAAUAGCAAUGCAUACAGCAGUGGUCUCUAUUCUAUGAUAAACGGUGCGGCUGGUAUGGCAGGAGGCUUCAUCGCUUCUCACGCCCCGCAAGUGGUCACUGAUCACCUCCCGACAUACAUCCACCAACCAUCGCAAGAGCCAUUGAGAGGUGAACUAGAAGAAACAACAGCACCAGCCUCAUUGAGGAGGGACUCGACAUCUACACUAAGCAGUGUCUCCUCUGUUGGAAGUUUUGCAUCCGCACUCUCACGUGCCGACUCGGAGGAGAGAGAUCGAGAUCAUGAUACUUCUUCCCUGCAAACCACCCAAUCCGAUGAUCCAGAUACGAAAGCAACAGCCAUCAAAGCCAAAGAACUUGCGAAACUCGCAGAGAAGAAACGUAAACUCGACGAGAAACUAGAAAAAGCCAAAUCACGCGAGAGAUCCAAAUCCUCUGCCGACACCUCCAAGGAAGAAGAAGCCAUCCGCAAACACGAAGAGCGUCACCAACGCGAACUCCGCAAGCUCGAAGAAAAAGAAAAGAAAGAACUCGACAAGUUGGAGCGGAAGAAAGCGAAGGAAGAGCGGAAAGUUGAGGAGCGCCGCAAGAAGCGAGAUGAGAGAGAUGAGAAGACGAGAGUCGCGAAAGAGCUUGAGGAUUUGAGGGGCGAGGUGGGGAUGUUGAGGAAGGAACGCGAGAUCUUGAGGACGCAGGUAGGGGAUCUGCAGAGGGAGAAUACGGCGCUUGCUGUGAGGGUUGGACGGCUGGGGGCGUUGGGUGAGGAGGUGUUGAGGGAUGUGAGGAAGGAGACGGGGAAGGGGGUUAGGAGUCGGGCGAGUAGUUUGAAGGGUCUGAGUGAGACACGGAGUAGUUUUCGUUCUGGAGGUAGUGGGGGGAGUAAGGAGGGUAGUAAGUUAGGGGAGACAUCUUAGAUCUCAGAUGUUCUUAAGGGGAAUGUAUGGAUUUGGAUGGUUUGGUUGAUGCACAUAAGCGAGCGUUUACUGGCUAAGUAGACUUGGGUACUUAGGGCGUUUUCUUACGUUGGAUGUUGGGAGUAAUUGGUUUCGGGGUGUAAUCUUACUGGCGUUCGUAAUGGGAUGAGAAUAUACGAAGGAAUAUGUGAGGUUCUUGGGAAAUGGACAUCUCUCUGUCGCUUUCAGAAUCAAAGUG